AUGGCUCAGAAGCGGAAGCAUGAUGAUUUCCUCGCAGACCUCAAGUCGUUGCUCGACACCGGCAAGUUCUCGGACUUCACGAUCACUUGUCAAGGUCGAGAGUGGAAGGUCCACAAGGCGAUCGUGUGCUCUCAGUCAGAUACCAUUGAAGCUGCGAGCAGGUUUGGCAAAGAAGCGGAAGAAGCUAAGAUCGACUUGACUGAGGAUGAUCCUGAGAUCGUCGAGUACAUGCUUCGGUUCAUGUACGAACGCAAUUACCGGCUACCAUCUGAUGAUGUGCCUGGUCCGCACUGGGUAGACUUCGGUUUUGAAAACGUCGCAAAGAGCAGUAGUAUCAUGUACCGAAAGACGCUACGAGGAUUCGAAGUUGCAUUAUAUGAACAUAGCUCCGAAGCUAUGAAAACGCUGCGUGAGAAGUUCCCGGGUCUGCUAGAGAAAUACCAAGGCAAAGUUCUCCGCAUCGGCCGAAGUGUUAGACUCCUCAAGUUGAAGCGCGAUGUCGUCGAAAUUGUCAACGGCUAUUGCGACGAGAAAUCUGAGACGUAUCGCCAGCCUAGCAGUCCGCCGACCGGUGACAAGGACCUGAACAUUCAUGCCAAGAUCUAUGCCCUCGCCGACAGGUACUUCGUAAAGGGGUUGAAAGCACUAGCCUGCGAGAAGUUUGAGGAGUGUUUGGAAGUUUCAUUCGCAGCCAAGAGUUUCUAUGAAGCAAUCAACAUCGUCUUCACCACAACGCCCGAUACGGAUACUGGACUUCGCGAUCUUGCUGUCAAACGCGUCUCGGAGGAAAAGCGGAAGUACUGUCUGGACGCUGAUCCGGAUCUCAGAAAAGCUCUGAAGGAGAUCCCAGAUCUGGCUUACACGGUGUUGAGCUACGAAGACAUGCGUGGUCAGAACGCGGAACCUGCUGAGGAAGUUUGA